ACAAAAGACUAUAAGAGGAGACAUUAGGAAAGGGGUACCCCAUGAAGACCCCAAGGCUGAUCCCGACAUCUAGCUGGCCCUUUGCACCAUGGCAUCCCCCCUUCAUGGCACUCUCCUCCUACUGCUGGUCUCCAUCCAUGGGGCUCCAGUCCUGGGCUCCAAGAUCGUGGGAGGAAGGGCAGCCGUGCCUCACUCGCGCCCAUACAUGGUUUCUCUGCAGCGAAGGAGUGGCCACUUCUGUGGGGGGACGCUGAUCCAUCCUCGGUUUGUGAUGACUGCAGCCCAUUGCCUGAAUGGCAUGAACCCUCAGGGUGUGCAGGUGGUGUUGGGGGCCCACGACCUCCGCAGGCAAGAGCCCACUCAGCAGAGGUUCCAAAUCCAGAGAAUCUUUGAGAAUGGCUUCAACCCUCAGACGCUGCGGAACGAUAUCAUGAUCCUGCAGCUGGAAGGCACAGCCACCAUAAAUGCCAAUGUCCAGGUGGCCCGGAUCCCACAGAACGGUCAGAACGCGAGAUCUGGAACCCCGUGCCUGGCCAUGGGAUGGGGACAACUGGGCAACAACAGGCAACUACCUUCACUGCUACAGGAACUCAACGUGACCACCACUGAAAGGCUCUGCCCCACCAGCAACCUCUGUACGCUGGUCCCCCGACGUCGGGCUGGAAUCUGUUUUGGAGACUCUGGGGGACCCUUGGUCUGUAAUGGAGUCGUCUAUGGCAUUGAUUCCUUCAUUCGAGGAGGCUGUGGCUCUGGCUACUACCCUGAUGCCUUUGCAAAGGUCUCCCAAUAUGUCCAGUGGAUUAAUUCUAUCAUUCAGCGUCAAGAUGGCCAUACCCUGCGGUUCUUCCCUUGGAGAAGGAGAGUCACACAGAAGGGGGAGCUUUUCUAACCGACUCGCCCUCUUUUCACCAUGCUGCUGCAUAUAUUUGUAUACUUUUCCAUGUCACAAAAAAAAAAACCACACAAUAAAAUUGUCUCCUGUAUGUCUUCCUCAACUGGG